AAAGCUGUCAAAUAUGUCUGGGGUUUCUUCUAGGGUUUCGUUUUACGUCGAAAUCGAUUUUUAAAGCAAAAGUGCCAAAUGGAUCUGGCUCAUGGGAACAUCUGGCGUGGUUUGGUAUCAGUGUGGGCUUGGUAUUUUGCAUUUUCGUUAAUGAGCAGGAGGGCGUGCUUUAAAGUGCGCUGCACAACAGGUAGACUUUCAUUUUUUUUUUCCCCACACACCUGAAGAGUGACACGGCACACGAGACGCGGCGCGGACCCACCCGAAGAUCCCUGACGAGAACCUUUACUCCUUUUAACCUGCACGAAUAUUUGACUAGUGCGCUUCGAUGGAGGCUGAAGGUGAUGCAAAUUCCCCCAGGGAGAGUGGAGAUGCGCACUCGGCUGAAACGUGUUUGGUUCAGAGCAGCACAGAAGAACAGCUCUCUGAGCUGGGAGAGGAGGCCGAGAUGUGGCGGAGUGACAUGUAUGAUUCUGCCCAGGCCAAACACCAAGGCUUCCCUGUCGAAGGUUCCAAAAGCACCAAGGACAUUGGACAUGCUGAAGAUGAUUCCAUACUCCUGAACAGCCAAGGUUCGAACAAGGCCCCAGAGCAUUCCAACCUAGGACCAUAUUUCCAGGAUGGUCAAAGGCGCAUCGACUACAUCCUAACCUACCAUAUAGACAAAAUGCAACGUGCUCGCCACCACUCCACUAGCACCUUCAAGAGCCUGAAAGAAAGCCUGACAUGCAUCGGAAAACGCAACAGGGCUGGCUCUACCCAUCAUGACCCCGAGAGUGCCAGUAAUGCGCACAUCCAUAGAGAUGAGUUUGAACAGAAGCUUAUAGACAUGGGACUUGAGCUGGAGAGGGAGGAAGAUGCUAAAAUUCCUGACAUGGGCUUUCUAAAGAUCCAUGCACCCUGGCAAGUUCUGUGUCGAGAAGCAGAAUUCAUGAAGCUCAAGAUGCCCACCAAAAAAAAAUAUGAAGUCAGUAAAGGAAGUAGUGGUAUACAUGUAAUGAACACGUUUAUCAAAAGACUGUCUGCACCACUGACACCCCAAAUCGAGGAGAAGUCCCCCCAGAAUGAGAAGCACAUAUCUUAUCCUUUCUCCAGGGAAAAACAUCACUUGUUUGAUCUCUCAGACCGAGAUUCUUUCUUUGACAGUAAAAUCCGUGCCUCAAUCGUGUGUGAGAUCAUAAAACGAGUGAAGUGCAUAGGAGUGAAGGAUAUCAUGGGAAUUAACACGCUGAUUGCUCGUGGAGUUUACACAUCAGCCUAUCCUCUACAUGAUGGAGAUUUUGAGGGUGUUGAGGCUGAACCGAAUGACAGAAAGGUGCUUUAUGAGCAGUGGGCACGAUACAGUCUCUUCUACAAGUACCAGCCCAUCGGAUUGAUCAGGAAGUAUUUUGGAGAGAAAAUUGGUUUGUACUUUGCCUGGUUGGGUGUGUACACUGAGAUGCUGAUCCCAGCCGCAGUCAUUGGCGUCAUUGUCUUCUUGUUUGGUUGUGUCACUGUGGAUUCAGACAUCCCCAGUAUGGAGAUCUGCGAUGAAAGGAACAACAUUACAAUGUGCCCGCUGUGUGAUCGCGCAUGCAGCUACUGGAAGCUCAUUGAGGCCUGCGGCACUGCCAGGGCCAGCCACCUGUUCGAUAAUGAGGCCACCGUCUUCUUCUCCAUCUUUAUGGCGCUUUGGGCCACAAUGUUCAUGGAGCACUGGAAAAGGAGACAGAUGAGACUUAAUUACAUCUGGGACCUGACAGGGUAUGAAGAUGAAGAGGAGAAAAAUAAGAACCAACAGCGGCCAGAGUACGAGUUCCAUGUCAGGAAGAAGAGGCAGAGGAAAGAGACAAACAGUACUGAUAGUCUAAUGCAUGGAAAACACAAGCUGACGUGCAAAGACAGGAUGCCGGCUUACAUGACUAUCCUUAUGAUGAUGGUCUUCCUGAUUUUUGUGACCUUCGCCAUCGUAUUUGGAGUGGUCCUGUACAGGAUUUCUAUCAAGACAGCACUGCACAUGAGCUCCUCCUCUCCCUUCCGUUCAAACAUCCGUGCCACAGUGAAAACCACAGCGGCUCUUAUCAACCUCAUCAUCAUCAUCAUCAUGGAUGAGAUCUAUGGAAUGGUGGCACGCUGGCUCACGGUUCUGGAGGUGCCAAAAACAGACAAAAGCUUUGAAGAGAGGCUGAUUUUCAAGGCUUUCGUCCUGAAGUUUGCCAACGCCUUCACUCCAAUUGUCUACCUGGCUUUCUUCAGAGGCAGGCUCAUUGGUCGGCCAGGCAACUAUUACUACGUUGUCGGGAAUUACCGUAUGGAGGAGUGUGCUCAUGCCGGCUGCCUGAUGGAGUUGUGUAUUCAGCUGUGCAUCACCAUGCUUGGCAAGCAGCUUAUCCAGAACAAUCUGUUUGAGAUUGGCAUUCCUAAACUGAAGAAACUGCUUCGUCGUCGUAAGUCAAAGAGAGACUCUAAACAAGAAGAGGAGUUUUACAAAACCCUGGCCCGACACGAGAAAGAUCACUUCCUCAGCCCCUAUGUUGGCCUUAAUCCAGAGUAUAUGGAGAUGAUGAUCCAGUUUGGAAUGGUGACCUUGUUUGUGGCCUCCUUCCCUCUGGCGCCAUUGUUUGCACUACUCAACAACGUUAUCGAGAUCCGCCUUGAUGCCAAGAAAUUUGUCACCGAGUUCAGACGGCCUAUUGCUGCUAAGGCAAAAGAUAUUGGUAUCUGGUACAACCUUUUGCGAGGACUAAGUAAAGUGGCAGUCAUAGUGAAUGCGUUUGUGAUCUCUUUCACAUCGGAUUUCAUCCCCCGACUGGUUUAUCAGUACGUGUAUAGUCCUGACGGAACACUGCACGGCUUCGUCAACCACACCCUUUCCUAUUUUAACGUCACCGACUUUGAGCCACAAACAGAACCAAUGGAGCCGAUGUUCCUGGGCUACAAAGUGGAUGUUUGCAGGUAUAAGGAUUACAGAGAUUCUCCAUGGUCAGAUACACCAUAUGAACUGUCAAGAGAAUUCUGGAAUAUUCUGGCAGCACGGCUGGCUUUUGUCAUCAUCUUUCAGAAUGUGGUGAUGCUAAUGAGUGACUUUGUGGACUGGAUAAUCCCAGACAUCCCCAAAGACAUCAGCUUGCAAAUCCACAAGGAGAAGAAUCUGAUUGUCGAGCUCUUUAUGAAAGAGGAACAGGGAAAGAGGCUUAAGGGCAAGCGAAAGAGCAACCCCAGUCCCAAGGCACACACUCAAUCACCUUUGCAUGUGCAAAUCAACAACCACUAGUCCAUGUACCCAAAUGGGGAUCCCAAAAAACACAUCUGGAGUUUGUAUGAAUCGAUAUGAGCCAGCUUGUGUAAAAAUGUUGAAGGUUACGAUGGUUUAAGGUAAAACGGUAAGUAAGAACAGCAGCUUGUUGACUAGAGUCAGAGACGGGCACAAAGACUGGCUAAAUAUGAUCACAAGAAUGCCCCAGUACUGCCAUAUACCUUGCAACUUAGCUUUUAUUUUUGUCUUGGUUACAUUGCAAACAGGUUUCUUGUUUUGUUUUGUUUUGUUUUUUUUAUCUUAUCAAUAAGCAAAUUGUGAAGGUUUUUACUAAUUUACUGUUUGUGUGUCAUAAGAAAGUUUUUAUGUAGUUUUUGUUAAAAUUUGUCUCAUUUAUAGAAAAGCUCACUUUUUCAAUGCUUUUAUAUUGAUCUUAUUAAAACCACACUCAAAUCCAAAACAUUUUCUUCAAGACACACUAAUAUAAAUGCGUAGUCUUUGUUAUGGCAUAGUUGUUUUCAAUCGAUAAUAAUUUAGUAAUAAAUUCAUUCGUGCAAGGUCAUGCUUGGGUAAAGCUACUAUUCUGGAAAAUUUUAUAAAAAUUAAACCUGCACCUUUUAUGCUUGCUAGCAAAUGAAUCUUAUAGUAUUAUUGUAUAAUACUUAAAAAUAAAAAAUCUGGCCCCUUGCUAUUUACUGUAAGAAAAAACUGACUGAUUAUAAGUAACUGGAAUGAGUCAUCAAUUUGCACCUUGUAAUGUAAAUGGCUGAAGUGUGUUCAUGUACAACGGUUCACUUUGUCGAAGCUGAUCAAGCAAAUUGAUAUUUUUUUCCUUCAAUUUCGUAAUACAUUUCAGAAGAAACAUGCAUUAUCUUUAAGGGGUACACUAGACUAGAUUGUAAUCAAACAAAUAAUUAGGUGCAUUCAUCAUUAGGUGCAUAAAUGUUUUUGUACUUCUUAAAAUGUCGUCUUUUAUUAUACAUGUUUAACUAAGAUGUUUUUUUUGUGGUAGAGCAUAGUGCACACUAUCUGCAGCUCAGGAGGCCUUAACAAUGCGAAAUAUAUGUUGCUUUUUUGUUUUAAUUAUUCUACUUUUUAAUGUAGUUUUUAGUUUGUCUAGUUUGUCUGACUGGGUGGGAUCAAAUCAUAAGUGUUUUGAUUCAGAGGUGUUUACUCAUGAUUAACUCCUCAAUACUGUGUAUAUGUAUGCCCACACACCUGUGUAAAGUCUCAUCUCCUGUCUUGACUGUUAAUACUGCAUGUGCAUAAUGUCGUCCUAUAAUAAUUGCACUUAUACACUUGUAAUCAAAUUUUACAGAAUUUUUCAUUUUAAGUAAAGCCCAUGAAUCUUGCAAAUUCUGCCUUCAAAAUCAGAAAAGAACAAUGCUAAAUUCCUCCACAACUAAACUUUUGCUUAAAAUGUCUUGAUUUCUCCUGAAUUUCUCACUGACUGAGAAAUAUAAAUAAACUAUAUACAUUUUACAGGAAUGUUACUUUGCAAUUAUGGUGUACUGUAUAGCCACAGUAAGUAAUCUGAGAAAAACGACUUCUUGAUGUCUAUAAAACUUAUUUAAUAUUUAGAACUUGGCUUAUUCAACAUAAUAAAGGCAACAAUGCACAGUCACAGUCAAAUAAGCUUGCGAUAAGCACUUGCAAUUGUAUUUUGUGUUGUGAAUGUUCAAAGAAUAAAGAGGUUAUGAGAUGA